AUGAAAACAUUUACAAAUGGCGAAAGUGCAGCAUGAAAAGGCAACCAAAUCAAUUGGCACAAUGAAACUUUAACUGAAGACCGAUUUUACAAAAACGAGAGAGAAAACUUUGGAUAUUUUUACAAUUAUCAUGAUAGUCCUAUGAUGGAAACGCUUUACACUCGGCUAAGCCAAGGAUUAAGAUAUACCUCCCUAGGCCCAAUUUUAGUGGAAAAUGAAUACAAUGCAGAAGGAGAUGAAAAUUUCUAUAAGAUUGAUGAAAAAAGCCCUCAUUUAUUUAACAUUAGCAGAAGAGCUUAUAACUCCCUAAUUAGCACACAAGCGAGCCAAGGCAUUUUGAAUCUUGGGAAAUGUUCAAAUAAUUACACAAAUCUUGAUAGACAGCUCGACCACUUGCUGUAUCUUUCCAGCAAGCAAGAAUCCAGUAAAAUUUUAAAGCAAAACUCCUUAUUUAUCCAAGCAGUCAAAAACUCCAUAAAGCUUAUCAAUUUAUUUGGUACAAGUAUCUAUCAAAACGUUGAUGUAACUUAUACAGGAAUUGCUGUACAAGUAUUUUUCGACAUAAAGCAUCGGCUCGUUGGCUCUUCUAUAAGAGCGAAACUCCUUGACCCAACUUUCCUAUCAACUAACAGUGAUAAAAAUUACCCAAUUUUCAACAAUAUUUUUUCUCUCUUAAAAAGCCUCCCCUCAAACCCUAUGCUCAACCCUGACCAAAAGUAUAAACUUAUAUCAAAGGAGCUUCAAAACAGUGAAAAUAUCCUGGAAAUCAUGAACUCGCUUAAAAUCAAGCAGCAAGACAUACAAAAAAUAAAAGACUCUUUAGCAAUGAUAGUGCUAUUGUUUGAAAUCACAUUUACUUGUGGCAAAUUUACUCUUGCAGGGCAAAAUAAUAGAGAAAAAUGGGUCCCAAAAGCAAAUGAAAAUUUAAGCAGGCUCUGCAGGGCCUUCAAUGUGAGUCAAGAAGUGUUUGUUAAUUUUUUUGGGAACGCUGGAUCAAAGCGAGAAGCUGAAAUAAUGGUAUUAGAUCUUGCAAGGCUGAUAUAUAGGGCGACAUUUGACUGAUUAGUAACAAAAAUUGACGAAAUGCUUGACAAGCUAUCAGGAAGUGUCAUUCAAACCAGAAAAAGCUUAAGUUUAUCGAAGGAUGAAAAUGAGGAAACAUACAGAGGAACAUAUUCAAUUUCUCUAGUAAAUUUUCCAAAUUUCGACUAUCGAGAUUCUUUGGGUGGGCUGUAUAUUAAUUGGGCCUUAGAAAGCUUAAAGCUCUUUUCAUGUCGAUCUUACUUUGAGCUUAUUCAAGCAGUGAAAAGACAGGAAACUGACAUAACUUAUUUAUAGCCCCUGAAAUAUUUUAGAUCAUUAUAGACCAUCCAUUUUAAUUUUUAAAAUUAAUAAUAACUUACCAGCUUUUUUGAAAAGUAAAAACAAAAAUGACAAAUCUCGUUUAUAGUUUUAAGAUGCAUAAUCAGACUUGGACUGUAUAAAGAAAGUGCCCCAGACUAUAUUUUUUCUGAUUGUUAUUCUACUGGUGUAUAGCGAUCUAUUAUGGUGCAUAAAUUAUAUCUGUCCCUCAUUGCCAAAACCUUAUAGAUACUUUAUUUAAGCCAGACCAAUUUGUGAGUAAUUUGAGCUCAGACAAUUUUCAAAGAUAUUGAAAAGAGUUUAUAGGAAACUAUCAAAAUAAAUCUAUUUUUAAUGACUUCAUAUCUACUGAUUCUUUAUUAUCCUGCAGAAUAAAAUUUUCAUAUGGAGAAAUAGCAUAUAAUGUUUCCAACCUCCUCAAUGAGUCACAGAAUUUUUUGCCGACAUCAACAUAUUACCCUCUAAUAAGCAAGCCGACCAAUAAAAUUCUUUCAAGAAUGCUUCCAAAAAUCUGCAGUGACUCAGAUGUCGCUCACACGUCACUUUAUGACACCCAUAAAAAAUCUCUGUCUUACCUGCUAAAUCAUUUGGAUUUUAAUUGUUUUUUGGUCUACGAUAUAACUAAUUCUAAAGCAAAGUAUGAAUUUUGUGAAGAGCUAAACAAAGGAAUACUAUUGCCUAUUGCUAAUUGGUACUAUUAUGGGUUCCCAUUUUGGAUCCCUAUAGUAAAACUACGAAAAAUAAUGACAAAGCAAAAUGAGUCUUUAUUCCAAGAUGUCAUUGAAUGAGUCAGGUAUAAAUUAAAAAUAAAAGAUUUCCGCUGCAAUGAUGAACUGGUCAUGCUCAAGCAAGAAGACUUUAAGCAUUUAACAAUCUCAAACAAUUAUUUUUCUCAGAUUUCUAAAAAAUACGAAAAUCAGAUUUCGAACUCAAAUUCAUAUUUUAUCAUUCUUGGCCACAUACGAAGCCAAGAAUACAAUUUUGAAGCAAAAGCUCUAGAAAAGUCCUACUCACAGAUUGACAUUUCUUUUGACAAGUCCUAUAUUUCUAAUGAAGUUCAUAAAUGGCCUAAAAAUAUUCGUGCAAACUACAAGCCAUUAAGGAGAACAAACUCCUUAAUUUUGGCAUCAAAUAAGACUUAUAAUUUUUUCAAAAGAAUUUUAUCGCAUUUUGAGUUAUUUGACUACACAGACACUCUUCCCAUUAUCAUAAAAAUUCAGUCAUAUUAUAGAGGAUAUCUCUCCAGAAAAUACUUCAGAAAUUUGAGACAUUUAUUUAUUAAUGCAAGAUUUAUACAAAAAAUAUGAAGAGGUCACAAAUCGAGGAAAACUUAUAAACCUAUUGGUAUCUGCGUUGCAGCCAUUAGAAAGAUUCAGACAUUUUAUAGGAACAGAUUCCAAAAAUUAACUAAGGCUGCAGAAAGAAUACAAAAAUGGUACAUUUCGAUUAUAAGAAAUCGAUAUAAAUCAUCAGUCACUUCUAUAGCAACUGUUGAAAUCACUCCAUUUCAAGAGCCGGCAAGUCCUUAUUUAAUGCUUCAUACAGCUCACCGCUACUAUGUAAGACAAAUGAAUUCUGCAGGCAAAAGUCCUCAAAAAAAGUAUACAUUUUCUCCAGUGAUUUCGAAAAAAACAAGAGAAUUUGCUGACUAUCCCUCAGCGAGCGAACAAAAAAAUUUUGUUUGCUCCCAUAGAGGGUUUAUAUAUUAUGCGUUGGCAUAAUUAAGUUAGUUAAGUUAAAGUGCUAAACUGGCCAUAAGUGUUUGCACACUAGCCUUUGCCCCGUCUCGGCUCCAAGCGGGAAAUUCCUCUUCCCAUUGCUUACUUGGUUUUCCGGUCUGAACCAUUCGAAUCCAAGGGUUAGCCCACCUGAGUUCUUCGCCCGCGUCUGAGCGCUUCGCUAGUCCCGACAGAGAAGGACUAGGUGGUAGGACAAAACCCAGCCUGAGCUGGGCAAACCUACUGAGUAGAAACAAAACUUCACCCGGGGAGGACAAGAGACUCCUUCUCCAUGCCCUACUAGACCCCAACCCGGUCAUACUUCGGUCGAAUGGAUUUGUGGAGCCCUGCCUUGCCCAAAAUGGGUGAGACGCAUCGGAGCUCAACUCCGUCAUACGUCACCAUUUUAUUUCUUUGUGGCAUAAUUAAGGGAGGAUCUCCACAUAUCGGGACAUUUUCCCAUUUUUGGAAUCAAAAUCCAUAUUGGGUCAUCAGGGAAAAAAAAGUGUGCUUUUUUCCUUCUGCCUUUUUACUGUCAAAAAUGACGGAGAAUUAUUCUUUUUUAUAGUAAAAAAAUCAAUGGUUUUUCAAAAAUUACACUGGAAAAAAAACUUACCUUAUUAUUUCAUUAUAUUAAUUAUUGCUUACAUAUCAAAUAUUUUAAUAAAAUAUUUAUAUUAAAAGAUCUUCUUUUAGGCUCACAGAGAGAUCAAAAAGUAGAGAUUUUCCAAUGUUUUUGUUCGCUUACAGAAGGGGAGUGAGAAAUAUCAUAAUAGGCACGGUAGCUUGAAAUUUGACAUCCUUGACAAGUUUAAGAUGUACGAAACCAUAAAAUCGCAAAAAAUUGAAGAGGAAAGAAAAAAAGCCUCAGAAAGCACAGCUACACUCAUUUCAUAUAAAAAAUCAUCAGAAAGCAGUGGAAAUUACAAUGAUUUUUAUAGAAGAAUGAAAGAAAAACAAGACCAAUACCAAUCAAAUAGAGAUUUACUAAUCCACCAGAAAAUAAUUAACUUCCCUCCCAUGAGCGAAUAAAAAAAUUUUGGAGGGGGUUAAUUUUUUUAAAAUCCAAUUCGCAAAAACUGGAAAGCUCAUAUUUAUUAAUUUGUAGAAUUUAUAUUUUAAUGUGCAGCCUGUUUAAAAUUAACCAGAAUUAGCUGGAGAUUUCAUUAUACUAUUUUAUCACUUAUAUAUAAUUUUUUUUAAUUAAAAUUUUACAUUAAAAAAUUUUUGUUCGCUCACGGAGGGGACUAAGGAAAAAGACACCCUGACUUUUUCUCCAAAUAUAAAAAAAUCAAGAUCGACAAGUUUUCUAAAAUUCAGUGAAAGAUUAAACUACACCCCUUCGAAGGAAAGAAAGGAAUCUGAUGAGACUUCUUUUAUAUCUGAAAAGCCGAAUUUACUUUCGGACAAGUCUCGAGAAAUUGCUGAAAAUCGACAAAGAAAACUGCGCAAAGCUUCUCAGCUGCAAAACGAGAUCUUCAAAUCAUUUCAGCCGCUAUGGCCUCACUAA